UUGGUGGCUGCACAACCCGACAAAGAAAAAGCUUUGACGAGGAGUUGCAGAGAGAAAAAUGGCGGAGACACUGAAACUGGCUAUCAUAGACUUGUCAUCUUCGGAUUCCAUCUCCACCGCCAAAUCCAUACGCCAGGCAUGCAUAGAAUGCGGUUUCUUUUACCUUGUUAAUCAUGGGGUGGAGGAAGAAUUGCUUUUGAGAGUGUUUGAUGAGAGCCAAAAAUUCUUCUCCCUCCCUCUAGAAGAGAAGAUGAAACUGGCUACUAAGCAUCACAGAGGUUACACGCCUAUGUAUGCUGAGAAUCUCGAUUAUUCUUCAUCUUCCAGAGGUGACUCCAAAGAGUCUUUCUAUAUUGGUUCUCUGGAAGCAGGUCGAAGCAAUCUGAAUAGAUGGCCUUCAGAAGAAAUUCUACCAUCUUGGAGACCUACAAUGGAAUCUUACCAUAAAAAAUUACUGUCUGUUGGAAAAAAGCUGAUCUCUUUGAUAGCCCAGGCAUUGGACUUGGAUACAGACUUCUUUGAGAAAGUGGGGGCCUUAGAUGAUCCUAUGCCAUUUCUUCGCCUAUUACACUAUCCCGGUGAAUUGGAGUUUGGUGAUGAAGAAACAUAUGGUGCGUCAGCCCAUUCAGAUUAUGGAAUGGUCACUCUUCUAGCAACCAAUGGUGUUCCUGGACUUCAGGUCUGCAGGGAAAAAUUUAAGCAACCGCGGAUCUGGGAGGAUGUCCCUCAUAUUGAUGGGGCCUUCAUUGUUAACAUUGGGGACAUGAUGGAAAGGUGGACUAAUUGUUUGUUCAGGUCAACCGUGCACAGAGUGAUGCCAACAGGACAAGAGCGAUAUUCUUUGGCUUUCUUCUUGGACCCCAAUGAAAACUGUUUAGUAGAGUGCUUGAAAAGUUGCUGCAGUGAUUCAUCCCCUCCAAGAUUUCCCCCAAUCCGCAGUGGGGCUUACCUGGAAAACCGGUUGAAUCUAACAUAUUCCUCUGAAGUGACCUUGAAGCCAUAAUGCUACCUGUGAAGAUCUGAAGCUGCAAUUCUUGCAAUGAAGUUAUGGGUCCAGGAAAUUGUUUUGAGAAACUCUUCAGUGCUAUUUGAUUUGAAGCACAAUAAAAGGUGUGUGUCCUAUCAACCAGAAAAGAAUAAGAGAAUAAUAUGUGAACUCAUCCAAACACACCUUUGUUUUAUUACAUCAAUAUCAUAACAGUUGCUUAAUGUGCUA